AUGCGUUUUUUUAACCUAGUCACGGCCCUGGCGCUCGCAGCCUCGGGUGCCCAGGCCCUGGCAGUCGCCCGCGAUAACAUCGACAACCAGGCGGUUGAGGUUAACUCUCGCCGCGAUGUAAAGCAGAAGCGAGCGGAAGCAUCGCCUGACCGUUUCCGCAAUGAAAGGACCAGCCCGCUUGCCAGUCCCGGUCGGGGAAGCGAUUCAAUCACUAGCCCGUCUGGCAGUUUCGGUCGGGGAAGCGAUUCAAUUACUAGCUCGUCUGGCAGCCCCGGCCAGGGAAGCGACGGAAAAACUGGUCGCAGAGGGAAGGCCCGCCAAAAGAUUAAUGAACAGUUGGAACAAGCGCGCGCCAAAUGGCCCCAGAUAGCGGAGAAAUGCAAAUGCGCUGCCGAUAGCGCGCGCCAGAAGUUGCAGAAUUGCAAGUGUGCCGCACAGAAACAGUGGGACCAGAGAUUUGGAAAGAAGGAUACCGCCGCCACUGGCCCUGCCGACCAGCCCAACCUCGAGUCCGUGGGCGACGCAGGUGCAGCCCCAGCUCCGAAACAAAAGUUCUCUGACCAGUGCAGAACCUUUUACAACAAGGCUGGUAAACAGGUGCAAGAUGGGCUUUGUAAAAUCAAGGACAAGGCACAGGAGAGAUUCUCUGGGGGGCGAAAGACGACUGCGCAGGAUCUUGAAAACCAAGAGGCUCUCCAUCAAAAUAGACCCCGCGAGACAACGGCUGAAACUGAUUACUUCCUCGGCAAGGAGAAUGGCGGAAUCCAUAACCACCGCCCCCAUGGCACCAGGCCCAGUCUUCCUCGUUCAAGCUCUAGGCCUCGCCAAAAGAGCCGGAGGUCACCGCAGGUCGAAGCCUCGGUGAAGAUCACAAAGAGGGCUGACAGCGUUGGCAACGGCCAGGGUUCUUCUAACGUGGGGGCCUCCGAGGCCGAUGCGAAACCAUUAAGAAGGAUUCCGAACGCUAACAACUUGGCUGAUUACUUUGCCGAGGCAUGCAAGAUCACAACUAAAGAUGGCGCAUGUGCUGUGAGGGGUAAGGACAAGAACCAGGGGCGCCAGCAGCGUCCGCAGGAGAACCCCGGCUCACCAAGGCAACAAUCCAAGAGGCUCAAAGUGGAUGACUCUGCCAUUCUCAAGGUACGUGCCGACCCGUCUGAUGGAUCACCACGUUUCGUCGCCAAUCCUCCCCAGUUCCCGGAUCCUGCAGAUCGUCCCGGAUACAAGAAUCCGUGGGACGCUCAUGUAGCAAUGUUUAGAGAAAUGAAAACUGUUGCUAAGAAUUUGGUAGGGUACGGGGCAGUAAAGAGUCCGCAUAAGGCUCAGCCAAAGUAG